AUGGCUGGCUUCUCAAAGUCGCAGUAUGACGACAGCGAGAAGGCGACGGUGUCAUGGACAAUCGACGCGCCGACAAACCGCGUGUACGUGGAUCACAUCCUCGGCGACAACGCCGACAAUCGGUUUCAGAUCUGGGAGCAGGACAAUGUUCCGCAGCCGACUCAAGGCGAUCCCUUCGAGAUCGACGUGGACGGGGGUGGCACCGCAAACCUCUACCUCUUCAAGCUCGCCGCGCUGAAUACCGGUGAUUCGUGCUACCAGUGCCUGCAAGCUGCUUCUGCGGCCCGUGAGUGCCUGCCUGAUACUCGAUGCCAAGAUAAGGCGUUCGACACAGGUAGCAUGGCAAUCAGCGAGAAGGCGCCCAACCAAGUGGAUGAUCUCGUCGACGGGAGCGAUGAAGACCUCGACGGCCGGCGGAUUGAGCUCGAGUUUACCAUACCGCUGUCCAAAGGCUUGCCCAUCACCAGCCUGGUGGUCCGGCGAGAGGCAGUGGGCGGCGCAUCGGACGGCGUGAUCGUGGACUACCGGAUUGGGUGUGCCGCAGACAUAGCAGACAACGAAUGUGACCUCGUCACUCCGAAUGGUGAUUGCAACGAUGCAGCAGCCGAUCGGAAUCUUGGACGCACCGAAUGCGUCCGCCCAUCGUCUGUUGAGAUUGGAUACGUUGUGGAGAAGUACGUCGAGGACAGUGCCACUGGCGUCAAGAGGGCAAGAGGCGAAAUCUUCAGCGUCCUGCUAGGUUCAUGGGAGAACGUUGACGCCAAGUACAUCACGCCGACGCAAGAGUACAAAUUUAGCGUGCUCGCCAUCAACGACAAGGUGGACUACACGCCCGGAAACCCAGGCGACUGCCUCGUUGGCACCCAAACCUGCCAGGCGGCUGGGUUGUGGAGCGACCCGGUUACAAGGGCGCCGAAGCAGGCCACCCCCGACAAGCCGGGAAUUCCGACGGCUUCGGUCAGCGACACCGCGCUUACCCUCCAGUGGGGUGUGCCCAAUAACAACGGCAACACGAUCACGGGGUACAGGGUCACGUGCGAGGACCGAUCGACCUACACUAGGUCGGAUUGGAGCAGGACGCCCCCGCCCUUCUACCUUGGAGCACUUCCGAGCGCUCCAAGCGCACCUACCCUGGAAUUGAUGCCAGCUACGAUCACGAGUGGCACUCAGUCUAUCGUCAUCGAUGUCAGCAACAGUGCAACCACGAGCGGCAUUCAACUGGCGCCAGGCACAAAGUAUCGGUGCCGGGUCGUGCCAUACAACAAUUUCGCAGUCAACAACGUCCUGCAGGGCGGCCUUACCGCCCCCGCCUUCUACUCGGAGUGGAGCACUGAGUUGGCCACUCGCGCAAAGGCGCCCGAGGCGGUCAGUGAAGUUGAAACAUGCACGGCCGUUCCGCAGGCGACAACUGAUAUGGACGGGAUGACAUUGCCGAGCGUCAACUCGCCGAACCAGCAGUUGCAAUACACCAUCGCAUGGACGCCCCCGAGGCCAAACGAUGACAUUGCCGACUCGCCGGGACUUUGGCGCUACUUCUUGACCGGGACAGGGACCGGCGUGGUACCCUCUUCUGGCGCGGUGGCGGCAAGCCGCCAAACGGGCUCCGGCGACGACAUGAAGCAGGAGUACGACUUCGCCGGCCUAACCUACAACGAGCAGUACAACCUCUGCGUCGAGUCGGCUGGGCAGGGUUGCGACAGCGGUAGCUCGUCGGAGUGUCUUCGGUCGAACGCAAAGCGGUGUUUCACCUGCCCGCUUCAACCCUUCAACCCCGGACCGCCUGAAGUGGACCUUUUCGAUCUUACUCCGGGCGGCGACGGCAGUGCGACCUCGCUCAAGAUCAGGUUCAAGGCGCCCACUGAGCUGUACGGCUCCACCGUCACCCACUACUCCUUCUCCAUGUGCGAGGGCGCUUCUUGCGAUGAGUUUAGCUGGGCGAACCGGAGGCGCUACAUGUGCGGCUCAAACUCGGUCAAGAAGUUCAGCGAUAACCGCGAUAACUGCGCCCCAGCCGACCUGACGACUAUAGUGAAGGACGGUGACACGUGGUUCGAGUUCAGCAUCGCAAAGUUCGGCACCAGCAAGACUGCCAACAAGAAUGUCGAGUCUGGCAAGACGUAUCGGAUUAGUGUGCGGGCCGAGGACAGCACCAAUCUUCGGAUCGGCUUCCGCUCCGACACGAUCGCAGGCAAAACGGCGCCGGUGCCAACGCUGCUCUCAGAAGACGUGACCAGCAACGCUCGCGACAUCACGGUGCAGUGGGACAAGUACACCUAUGACGGGGGCGAUAGCUACGCAGACGAGUUCGACGUCUACUUAUGCAGCGGGGCGACGUGCUCGAGCUCUGGCUCGUCAAUUGCCAGCGCAACCCUCAGAAGCAGCAGUGUUGGCGGCGACUGCGCAAGCGAUGGCGGAAUCGACGACCCUGGGACCACAGGCUGCAGCUACACGUUCAGUGGCCUCACGCCCGCUGUGCCGUACUCCGUUGUGAUUGUCGGCAAGGUGACCGUUGCAGUGAACGGCGUUGCCGGUCAGACCUCGGGCGACUCUGCCACAAUUGAUAUCCAGACGGCAACGGACAAGCCCGAGCAGCUUCUUGCGCCCUUACUCGGGCUGCGAGAGACACGGAGCAUGCAAAUCAGCUGGAGCGACCCUGACGUGUCAUCACGCACGCCUGAGGGAGAGUGGCUGAACGGCAACGCAUUUCAAAACUACAAAGUCGAGUACUGCGAGUGCACCGACGACAGCGACUGCAACUCCAAUGAUCCUUGCGGCUCGACCACGCCGCUCUCAAAAACAAUUGAAACAGAAUCAACCAAAACGACGACGGUUUCCGGUCUGACGCCCGCGCAAAAGUACGUCUUCCGCGUGAUUGCCAACAACGGGCAAGACUCUGAGCCGUCGGAGUGGAAAUUGGCAGCACGCGCCGACUGCACCGAGGCGCCAGACCAGGUGACGGGCGUCGCGAAUGUCAACGCCGUCACCACCUCUCGCGCGAUCGCACUCACGUGGAACAAGCCGGACACGAACGGCGUGGACAUCGAAAGGUACCUUGUCGAGUGGACGACCUCGGCGCCCAGCGGUGCUGCCUCGCAAGUCACCACCGAUGCCACCGAGUCCAUCACGAUCGAGCCCCUCAUCCCCGGCUACGACUACAGCUUCACCGUCAAGGCGUACAACGGCGUGAAGCGUGAUGAAGGAGAUGCGUGCGGGACGGGCGGCGGCGAUGGCUACGGUCCCAAGAGCGACCCGAAGAGCGUCGCCACUCUAGACGAAGUGCCUGACCAGCCGUACGCGCCAACAGUCCCCGACGACGGCCGCCUCACGCGCAGCGUUGUGCUGAAGAGAUUCUCAGUCAACGGCAACGACAACAUACGGAACAAGGAGGUAAGCGGGUAUCGCUACUGCGCGACGACAACGGGGUCGGGGUCGUGCCCCGAUGACACCACCUCGUGGCCGUCUGUCUCCGGAAUCACCGGCAACACCAACGACGGCAGCACCUUCCGCGUCAGUGGUCUGGAUCCUGCGACGGACUACACCUUCCGCGUGGUUGCUGUGAACGAUGAGGGGGACUCGUCGCCGUCAGACCCAGUCGACGUUGUACGCUCUUUCUCGGACGACACUUUUGAUGAUUGCCGGGAGCAACCCGAUACGAUGCUUGCACCCCUCCUCGACACCUCGAAAGAGCAAGACGGGCGAACCACGUCGUCAAUCUGGCUCAAAUGGACGCGACCCGCUUCCAAUGGCGAGCCGGUCACCCAGUACCGAGUCUCGUGGACCGUCGAGACUCGCGCAGGUGGGGUCGGUGUGCCAGGCAGCGAGACUCUGUCAGCCCCGGACGAAGCAGAGGUAUCACGCGAGAUCGACGGGCUGCAGCCCGGGAACAUUUACACCUUCACGGUCGAGGCGUCCAAUUCCGUACGUCGCGGCGUCGAUGCAGCGUGCGGGAGCACUGGCUCUGAUGGAUGGAGCAUCCCAUCUCCGACUAGCUCGCAGUUGAGCACCCUCCCCAUCAAGCCGGUGGCGCCAGGCGCCCCAACCCUGAUCGCCAGCGGAGGCACGUCCCUCACGAUCCAGUGGUUGGCACCCUUCGACAACGGAGAUGACAUCUUUGAAUUCUUCGUGUACUCGGAAGCCUCCCAGAUCACGCUGCCAGGCAAUGGACAGUACGGUGCCAAGGUGCAAGUGGACGGCCAGGCACCAGAAGGCAUGUCAUUUGAGUGGAACCCGCAGAACCUCCGCCCCGUGACGGAGUACACCUUCCGCGUGAGCGCGUGGAACGACGCCGGCGAGUCCGACCUCUCUCAAGCGGCUGUCUUCGCCACUGACGUCUACGAGCCGGAGUACCCACUCAACAUCGAAGCUGCCGCGCGAAGUGCCUCGUCCAUCUCUCUCGGUUGGACACCGGCCGUCAACAAUGGCCUCAACAUCACAAAGUACGAGAUCUGCUACAAUGAGCUUCAGAGCACCUCGACUCCUGAAUCUGUCUGCGGCAAAUCAAACUCGGGAUGGGAAGUGGCCUCGGGGACUCAGACCAUCGACGUCUACCCUUCCGCGGGGGACCCGCUCAAGGCGUCCACGGAGUAUGAAGUCAGUGUGCGAGCCUGCAACGCCUAUGCGCAACCGGAGCGGUGCCCAGCAGGUGACUCCAGCGAGGAGUGCAAGAGCGGAGCGGACGGCUGCUCGAACUGGUCGCCUUUCGUGACGCUCACAACCACCUCGAGCGGCGACCUCAAGCCGCCAGCUCCCGUAGUGAGCCUUGUCAACAAAACCAGCGCCGCCGCCUUCUUCAAGUGGCUCGUCCAGCCGAAGGACAGCUUCCCCACCCUGGGCACGACUGCGAUCUCAGUCUUCAAGCCCACGCUCACCAACAGCGGGACGGGCGGCGUUGACGUGCUCGACCUCAUCACAGGUGCCGCCUUCAGCGAAGGGGAAGAGUACUUGCUCUCCGUCACCGGCCUGAGCAGCGCGACGAACUACUCUUUGACCGUCUCCGCUGGCAACGUCGAUGGAUUCGGUGAGGAGUCAGACGUAGUCUCCUUCAUCACCGAGGCAUCGGUGCCGGAGGCGCCCGACGCUCCCGCUUUCGACAGAACGCUGCCAGACGUCAAGCUGAAGCUCUCUGGUGCAGCAGCCGACAACGGCGAUCCCAUCACCGAGUACCAGUGGCAGGUCAAGACGUCGGGCCAGUGGGGAAACCCGACGGACUGUGGGAGCGGUCCCAACGAUAGCAAGUGCAGGGACAUCGCCGACGCGUCGUACUCGUACACGUAUCAAUCGCAGAGCUUCGACUUUCGCGUCCGCGCGUACAAUAGCCUCGGCCCCGGCGAGUGGUCCGAGGCGACCACCGUGACUCCCACGGACCUCCGGCCGGCCACGCCGAGCCAGGUUGAGGUCACGGUGCCCAGCUUCGGCUCAAUCGAUAUCAGACAGCGCCUGCUGGCCAUUUCGAGACAUUCGCAAAGAACGCUAGCUACAUGGGAGGGCUUCGUGAAGGAUGGAUUGAAAAACAUUCGAACAAAGAAGAGGCGACGGGAGGAACCGGCAGAGGAUGCACUCGACAUCCGCUCGGUCUAA